AGUGUCUGACCGAGGGCCAAUGUUGUCCCCUGUCGAUGUUUGGUUCUCAAACUUGUGAAGAAACCUGUUAUUCUGAAGAGCCCGCUCUGCUGACCACCAGUGCUGGGGCCCCCAUUGCAGAUGGAUCAAGGUCUCUGACCGUGGGCAAAUGUGGGCCCUUAGUGAUGUCUGAUCAUUUGACACUUGAAGAACUCGCCCAUUUUAACCGAGAGAGGAUUCCAGAGAGAGUUGUACAUGCUAGGGGAACUGGAGCAUUCGGAACACUUGAGAUCACUCGUGAUAUCACUCAUUUGACCAAAGCAGCAAUGUUCAGUGAAGUUGGAAAGAAAAUGCCAGUGUGUGUUCGAUUCUCCACUACAACUCUGUCAAAAGGAUCUGCGGAUACUGUACAAGAUUUUCGUGGACUGGCUGCAAAGUGUUAUACAAAGGAAGGGAACGUCGAUUUUGUUUGCAUCAGCUCUCCAGUAUUCUUCACCUGUGAUCCUAGGAAGUUCGCGUCUCUCAAUCAUGCCAUGAAACCCGAUCCGAAGACUGAUCUUAUAAAUCACAACAGCUUUUGGGAUUUUAUGACCCUGACCCCAGAGUCUGCAUUUGCGAAACAGCACCACUCUUGUUGA